UUAUGCAACAUGAAUGCAGCAUUAACUUCUUCAAUCUGUGUAUUCACAAGUUUCCCUUUCUACUUUCUUUUCCUUAUUCAAGCCUUUAAAAUAAAUAACCUGAAAUCUGUAGUGUAAAUUAUUUUGAAGUAAACACAACCAAUCCCUAAACCCUGAACUAUUGAAAAUUCGCAUCCUUUCCACAGUAACCGGUUUAUAAAAGACAAUUGAACUACAUGCUCCCAGAUUCCAUCUAGUUCCAAUUUUCUCUGCCUGGAUGAGAUAUGGUGUGUGCAUUUUCUGUUUAUCCUGCUUCCUUUUUCCAGAUGGUUCUGUUGUCAAAUUAUGUGUAAAAUUGCCAUAUGUCUAUUUUGGAUUGCAUUGUCGUUUACCUGUAGAGUUAAUAUUAACUAUUCUUGGUAGGAUAUGUUCUUUGUUGUGAAUUUUGCUUAAGAUUCUACACAUUAUUUAAUGCAUAAUGGUUGGAAUGAUGGUUGAUAUUUGCAUGGACUGUUACAGAGUUGCUUCAUCUAAUAAACUCCUUUAGCUUUGGUGACCCAUGUGAAUCCUAAAAAGACACUUGCUAGCUGGAAAUCUUGUCAAGGGUGGACUGCAUGUCAAGCUAUAAUGGUCAUGAUGAGGUUGUAAAUGACAUUUUUGAUUUGGCAUCCUCUGGACGUGUAGCUUCUUGUGAUGGAAUAGUGCAUAUAUGGAAUGGACAGACUGGAAGACUGAUUUCCAUGUUCUCUGAACGGUCUUUGGCAUCCUCGACACAAUUGGCAGAAAGAUAUGAAGAUAACAUGCUUCAUUUUAAUCCAUUACCAAGUGGAAUGCUAAGUAGUGCUUUUCACGGGAAUUCUUACACUACUAUGGACUUUCUGGGGUUCUGUGAUAGACUUAUUGUGGGUACUGGAAAUGGAUCUCUAAGAUUCAUUGAUGUCAAUCAAGGUCAGAAACUUCAUCUAUGGAGGAGUGAAUCUGUUGAUUCUGGUUUCCCUCCCCUUAUAUCAUCCAUUUGCUCGUCUAGCUCUAAUAGAAUGUCUCCCGAGGAAAGUAUGGCAUUUCCGUCGUGGAUUGCGGCUGCGUCUAGCACUGGGCAAUGUAGGUUGUUUGACUUGAGAAGUGGAAAGAUUAUUUCUUCAUGGCAGGCUCAUGAUGGAUAUGUGACAGAGUUGGCUGCAACUGCAGAUUAUCCGCUUGUUUCUAGUUCUCGAAUAUGGGAUUUGAGAAGGUAA